AUGGAAAGCUUUCUGAUAGCCCUUCUGAAGGAUUGGAGGAUCGGGAGUGCUUUCGAUGAACACCAUCCAAAUGCAAAGCUCCGUCACCAUGCAGUUCCCGGAGGCGCUUUUGAACAAUGGCGUCCCAUCCACUUAUUGGGAGAGGGUACAUUCGGAGACGUCUAUAAGGAACAGUGCGAACACGGGUUUCUCCCAGAUAAACUGCGCGCCGUCAAAAGAAUCAGCAAAGAGCAAGCCGGCUUUCUCAAGUCAUCGCAGCGGGAGCUCCAAGCUCUCGCUACUUUCUCCAAGAAGAACGAUCCCAGGUUCAUGCCGUACGGCGACCUCCAGCAAUAUAUAGUUGACAAUGCGCCUUUCCCUGAAACCGAAGGAUCUUUGAUUGCCAAACAGAUCGCGAUCGGUUUGCGUUAUAUGCAUCAAAAAGGCUACCUCCACAGAGAUCUCAAGCCCUUGAAUAUCCUCGUCGAUACGCCAGGCCCUGGAUGGAAGGUCAAGCACGCAGACUUUGGUAUUGCCAAAAACAUUGCCGGUCCUACAUUGUACACCCACUAUAAUGGUACGUAUGGCUAUAUUGCUCCCGAGCUAUUCGAAUCAUCGGAUGCGUAUACGGCGGCGGUCGACAUCUGGGCACUAGGAGCCAUCGUAUUUUGCAUGUGUACCGGCGCCCCGCCCUUUGCGCAACCGCAACAUCUACUCCAAUACCGUGCCGGUAUGCGAUGCUUCCCUUCCCAGGUUUUGUGUCUUUCGACCGGGUUUUGCAUCGACUUCAUCAUGGGAACUAUGCAUGCGAACCCGCAGCAAAGAUUGGACAUGGACGAGAUCAUGGAUCACGAGUGGCUCUCCAUGGAAAAAAAAACGGCUAUGAAUAUGAGCAACCUAUUCACGAAGCAUAUGUCACUCCGCUCAUUUGACCCCUGGGACCUCCAACAAGCAGCAGUGGCUUUCGACAAUCCUAUCACAGGGAAGAGGUUGGAACCUAUCGAUCCUACACUGACUUGCCUCGGAUGUGAAUUAUCCUUCCCCUACCGAAAAUAUCUCUUCUACCACCUCGCCAAGAACCCCAAUCACUAUCGAGACCUCAUGCCCGGAGAGCGUCCGAUUGAUGAAGACUUUUCUGAGUCUUGCACGUUCUGUGACGACGACUUUGACAGCCGCGAUGCGCUGUUCGAGCACCUUGAAGAAUCUGGGCACGCUAUGGACAGAGCAAAACGCCGGCGCGCACCCGGGUAUAAGCGGCCAGAGAUCUGCAAGAAGCGGGAUAGAAGCGAACAUCCGCACAGAAGAGCGAGGAAGACGAUAGCGAAGCUGGAGAAAGAGAGGGCGGAGUAUCGUCUUGUCUUGCAAAAGCAGCGGCGGCAGCAGGAGGUGCAACGACCUGCUGCUGAACUGAAGCGGAAAGAGGAGGAGGAGGAGGAGGAGGAGGAGGAAGAAGAAGAACAAUUGCAGAAGCUGAAGCGCGAGGAAGAGCUAAGGCGAGAGCAGGAAAAAAAAUUAUGAAACAUCAGGAGCAGCAAAAACAGCAGCGGGAGUUGGACAACGCGGAGGCGGAGGCGAAACAGCGCCAGGAGGCACAGCAGCGACAGGCCAAGCGGAUCAAGACGAACGCUGGUUUUGUUUGCAGGGUGUGCGCCGGUAGCUUCGAUACUCGUAACCAGC